AUGCCAUUUUAUCAGUACAAUAAUCUUCCGGCCUUACAUUUAGCGUCAAGAACCGGUAAUGCUGAGAUUAUAAAGCGGCUACUUGAAGUAUGUAAUCCCAAUAAGGCGGAUAACAAUCAUCAAACAGCCCUCCAUCACGCGGCAGAGACGGGCCGUGUAGAUGCUUCGCUGCUAUUAGUCCAGCGGCAAGUGAGCCUAAAAGCUCAAGAUAACAGGGGCCGGACGGCUCUACAUUCUGCGGCAGAAAGUGGUCAUGUCAGAGUGGUGCAAACACUUAUUGAUGGAGGCGCGGACGUCAACCAGAGGGAUAAUAUAAGACAGACCGCGCUGUUUCUCGCAGCCGGAAACGGCCAUGAAACUGUUGUUCGGAUGCUAGCUUACCGAGGCGCUGACAUGAAUAUGGAAGACAACAAUAGAUGGACGCCGCUGUGCAUAGCUGCGGAUAACUUGCAGGACCAGACAACCCGGACGCUUAUUGAGCUUGGCGAGGACAUCAACAUGGAAGAUGGCGUCGGACGCAAAGUGCUUGAUAUUGUAGCGAGUAAGCUUUCUGGGGACGUGGGCUCGAAGCCCAACGCCAACCAGGCAGUGUUUCUGGCCGCGAAGCAAGGGCACGAGGCGGUUCUACAGGUGCUGCUCGCAUGCGGCGUCGACAUCAACGGCAAGGAUUUUGAUGGAUGGACACCGUUAACACAGGCAGCUGCUAGUGGGGACGAAGUCAUGGCUAAGCUGCUGCUCGAGAAGGGUGCCGACAUAGAGGCUACCGACACAGAAUAUGGCUGGACGCCGCUGUCGUGGGCUCUCAUAAAGGGAAAGGAAGCUGUCCUUAAAUUGCUACUCGAGAAGGGCGCCGAUAUCGAGGCGUGUGCCGGGUGCCAACAGACGCCUCUAUCGCAGGCGGCUCAUACGGGGGACGAUGUUAGAGCUAAGCUACUACUCGAGAAUGGUGCCUACGCGGAGACGAAGGACCAGUUUCACCGAACACCUCUAUCGCGAGCUGCCAAGGAGGGCAAUAACACCGUGGCUAAGCUGCUCCUAGAGAAAGGCGCACACGUCGACGCUAAGGACUGUCAUAACCGGACGCCGUUAUCAUUGGCAGCCGAGGGGGGGCAUGAGACCGUAACUGAGCUGCUGGUCGAGAAUGGCGCUAAUAUCGAGGCGAAGGAUGGGAAAUAUGGCCAGACGCCGCUCUCCCUAGCCGCUAUGAAUGGCCACGAGGCCGUGACUAGGCUGCUACUCGAGAAGCGCGCUGACCUUAAGACUCGAGACACCUUUUAUGAGCAGACACCGUUAUCGUGGGCGGCCAAGGGGGGGCAUGAGACCGUAACUGAGCUGCUGCUCGAGAAUGGCGCUAAUAUCGAGGCGAAGGAUGGGAAAUAUGGCCAGACGCCGCUCUCCCUUGCCGCUAUGAAUGGCCAUGAGGCUGUGACUAGGCUGCUACUCGAGAAGGGCGCUGACUUUGAGACUCAAGACACCUUUUAUGAGCAGACACCGUUAUUGUGGGCGGCCAAGGGGGGGUACGAGGCUGUAGCUAAGCUGCUACUUGAAAACGGAGCAUUCCUCGAAACUGAGGACGGGGCUGGCCGAACGCCGUUAUCUUGGGCUGCCCAAGGGGGGCACGAGGCCGUGGUCAAACUGCUUCUUGACAAGGAUUGCGACGUCCAGGCUCAUGAUGAUAACGGGAGAACGCCACAAUCGUGGGCCUGUAAAGGGGGACACUAUGCCAUUUCCAGGCUGCUGCAUAUGCCUUGA